ACGGGAUCAACCUGUUGUGUCUGGUCCAGGAUCAGCGCAGCUCAGUGCGCUCUUGCUGCGCAGGCGCAGGAGCGUGUUUUCUGAACUGACCUGGAGUCAGUCUGGAGCCCCGGUCCUCCCCCCGCGCUGUAUCCGUCCAGCCCACAGUCUUUUCCUUCCACUCCAGCCCGACUGUUUCCCACGCCUCCACGCAGAGAGAGCCUCCACAGAGAGAGAAAGCCUCCACAGAACCUCUUCAGUCAGCACAGACUGGGACGUGCUGAAACUGUGGAUCUAGAUGACCGACACGGGGAACUAUGCAUCUUGAAAUCUGGAGGAACUUGAAGGAAUUAAAAGGCCUCUUCUGUGUCCCCCGGACUAACUGCUCAGACAGGAACUUUUCGGACUUCUUGUGAACAGCUUGUUUUUAUGAUGUCAGCGCCUCCGAGCUGCUCCUGAGAGACUUUUAUGAUCUGUUUUAACCCCCCUGGAACAUUUAAUGACCCGUCUGUACUUUUGAUGGACUCUUCUCUUGUUGGGAAACACGCGCAGAGACGACUUCUUCACCUCCAGCAGAAAGUGACGCGUCCGUGAACGCAUCAGCUGUUAGCUCUGCAGCUAACGUCCCAACAUGCCGCAGCUGAACGGGACCGACGGGGACGACCUGGGAGCUCAUGAUGAGCUGAUCGCCUUUAAAGACGAAGGAGAACAAGAGGAGAAGAGGAACGUGUCCGCAGACCGGGACCUGGACGAUGUCAAGUCCUCUCUGGUCAACGAGUCCGAGACCAACAGCAGCUCAGACUCUGAGGCAGACAGGCGUUCAAAGAGAAAUCACGACCUGGAGACCCGGGCCAGGCAGAGUCUGCUUUUUGAAGAAGCUCUGAGGAGGCGGCAGGAAGGAGGUCUCUUCGCCCCGUCUCCGUAUGUCGGGUACCCUCUCUUCAUGUUCCCGGACCUGGGGAACCUCUGCAGCCCUUACAUCGCCAACGGAGCGCUCGCACAGGGCGCCAGGACGGUAAGAAGACAAACAAGCGCUCUUCACGCAGGUGGUCUCGAUGCUGCCGGGGUUUUGUUUGUUGAAAAACUGGAGAUCCAUGAGAGGAUCUCAGGGCUUGGUGACGAUCUGAUAACGGCUGAGGAGAUAAACGGUGUGAGAGUGAACAUCCAGCCUCAGACUUUGGUUCAUGAGGCGAUGACGUCGUGAUAAUUAACUCUUUCA